GUAUAAGGUGGGUACAACAAGCAUGAUUGAUAAGUUUAUUUGGGAUUUCUAACCAAGCAUAACAGUAAUUCAAUAUACUUUACAAAACACCACAAAAUUAUCUCAAGAAACCAAAUUUUCCAUAGAUAAGUUUAUUAAUCGGUUUGGUCAAACUUGGUCCACAUUUGACCAAAAUCACAAACCUGGACGGUCAAACUCCCUGAUUCCGAUCCCCGUCCUUUACGCUCUGCCGUCCGCACAACCGUGUGAAGAUUGAAGAACGAUCAUCAGGUCAAUAUUCUCAUGAGCCGCUUUAUCUUCCUGCUCACUGUAAAUUUCAUAGGGUUUAAGAAUGGUUCGAGGCAGCGGCAUUAGAGGCCAACUCUUGGUCUUUUCUCUUGGUACCUGUAGUUUUAUCACAAGGGAAAUUCGAAGGGAUGGGAGAAUUAUUUCUUUAAAUCCCACCUGGCUGUGCACGAGUCAUUCUCCGACGAUCCAUUUUCCCACUCUUUGAGCCACUCUCAUCCCUCCGAGUCUCACAGACAAUUUUAAAAACAGAAGAAAGAAUGCGGCUUUCAUCGCUGUCUCAAGAACCCACAACACCGGCGGGCUAUGUGUCCAAUCUCGGCUCCUUUCUGUUUGAUUACUCACAAAAGUCCAUCAGCCGAAAUUUCACUUCUUGUAAUGUUUUGUCUAACCACUUGUACUUCAGUGAUUUGCGGGGACGAAGCUGCAUCAGCAGGCAUAAACACCGGGUAUUGUGUCUGAGUACACAGGGAAGUGUUUCUGCUAGGCUUGGCAAGGCGCUAAAUCUGUUUAACAGAGCUGUUAGGCUCCAUUCUGAACAAAUCCCUCUUGGGUUUGCUUCAAUUCAGGACGGCUCUGUUGAGUGUAAUGGGUUAUCCGGGGAUGGGAAUGGAGUGUUGGAGGAUGAGGGGAUCUCAACCAGUGGGGUUCAAGAGGAUGGUCCUAAGAAGGUGCUGAUUUUAAUGAGUGAUACCGGAGGGGGCCACCGUGCCUCGGCAGAGGCCAUUAAGGCGGCCUUUAAUCAAGAGUUUGGUGAAAAGUAUCAGGUAAUUGUAUGUGAUCUGUGGACUGAACACACUCCAUGGCCAUUUAACCAAUUGCCCAAAAGUUACAGUUUCUUGGUUAAACACUCUUCUUUGUGGAAAAUGACUUAUUAUGCUUCAAGUCCUCGUUUUAUUCACCAACCCAAUUUCGCUGCAACUUCAGCUUUAAUUGCAAGGGAAAUUGCUAAGGGUCUUAUGAAAUACAAACCUGAUAUUAUCAUAAGUGUGCAUCCUCUUAUGCAACACGUGCCACUUCGUGUUUUGAGGUCGAAAGGUCUCUUGAACAAGAUUGUGUUUACUACAGUUGUGACGGAUUUAUGCACUUGCCAUCCAACAUGGUUUCACAAGCUUGUAACAAGGUGCUAUGCACCUUCUGAUGAGGUAGCACACCGAGCUGUUAAAGCAGGUCUUCGAUUUUCUCAAAUUAAAAUAUUUGGGCUUCCAGUGCGACCAUCCUUUCUCAACCCUGUUCGGCCUAAGGCUGAACUAAGGGAUGAGCUUGGUUUGGAUGUAGAGCUUCCUGCAGUACUUCUAAUAGGUGGUGGUGAAGGAAUGGGUCCAAUUGAAGCUACUGCUCGUGCACUUGGAGAUGCACUCUAUGAUGAUAAGCUUGGGGAACCAACAGGUCAGGUCCUUAUAGUAUGUGGGCGUAAUAAGAAGCUUGCAGACAAAUUGGUUUCCAUUGACUGGAAAAUUCCAGUCAAGGUAAAGGGAUUUGUCACAAAAAUGGAAGAGUGCAUGGGAGCUUGUGAUUGCAUUAUAUCUAAGGCUGGUCCUGGAACUAUUGCAGAAGCAAUGAUUCGUGGGCUCCCUAUAGUUUUAAAUGACUACAUUGCUGGCCAGGAAGCGGGGAACGUGCCAUAUGUGGUGAACAAUGGUUGCGGGAAAUUUUCUAAGGUUCCAAAAGAGAUAGCGAACAUAGUUAGUCAGUGGUUUGGACCUAGAAGAGAUGAACUGGAAGCGAUGUCUCGCAACUGCCUUCGGCUGGCUAAGCCAGAAGCUGUGUUUAAGAUUGUCCGGGAUAUGGAUGAGCUUCUCACUGAAAGAAGGUUUUCUCAUCAGUAUUGUCCAGCUUAAUUGUAGUACCUUUGACCUUGCACAAAGUCCAUAUCAAUCAAUUAUCUGGCUGGAAUGGGAACACCCCAAGUUUGUCUCCGAGAAGAAUUUAUAUUUAGGGGUUAAUCUUUUAUAUGUAUACAAACCUUAACAGAGCUCUUCCAUCUGAAUGAUACAUUUGUCUCUUUAUUCCAUAUUAUUCCAAUAAAGACUUUACGACCAAAAGUCGUUUUUGAGAAAUUUGGUAUAGCACUGGCGAAUGUGUUAAAUUUAUAGAGUGCCUAUGGUGUAAAACUUAACUGCAUAAUGAUAGUAACGUUACACAAUGACAAAUAACUUUUGUACACUGCUCUUACAUUAUUAUUACACAAUAAAAAAUACUCUUUGCUUCUCUCA